AAAUAUUAUUCGCAUUUUUUUCAGUUUGCACAAAAAAAUAAAUUGCGAAAACGACCAUGCAAACGGUGGUAAUGAAGAUUCAAGAAGUGGAGAGAGCCGUGCGGAGAAAGUGUGAAAGAUUCAGAAGGAAAUUGACGUUUGGGAAGAUCACACCGUCUCCGACGACGACCGCGCUGCGAAGAAUUGUCAUCAACGGAUUGGGCGAUUCUGUCGUCCAAGACAUGGGUUCUCUCGAACGGUAUGCGUUCCGCCGCGUGGAAAAUAAUCCUCCGGAACAGUUUUUCAACGAGGAAAAUUGCAGCAGAUCUUCCUAUUUUUGUGCGUGCUGUGUCCCUUCAACGGCGGAUGGCGUGGCUGGAUCCACGUCGACGGCCACGUCCCCAGAUGACGACACGUUGCACAUGGACUUUUUUCGAAACACGAGUUUACACGGGCUUAAAUACAUUGGACAAAAGAAGCAGCAUUUGGUUGAGAGAAUUUUCUGGAGUGUCGCAUUCAUCACGGGACUUGUUAUUGCUUAUUGCAUGAUAAGCGAUGUUUGGAAAAAGUAUAAGUUAAAUUCCGUAAUUCUAACGUUCGCUCCGUUUGAUACCAAAAUUGAAGAAAUUCCAUUUCCGGCUAUUACAAUUUGCAACAUGAACAAAGUCUUGAAGAGCAAGGCAGUCCAGUUUAUGGAAGAAUCGAAAGGUUCUUCUCGACUUGAAGGGGUUCGUGCCGCUCGUGAAAAUUUAUUUUACCUAAAUCAUGUCUGUUCAUCGUCGAAAAGCUUUAGCAAAACUUUCAAUUACUCGGCAUCACGGGGGAAAAUUGACCAGUGGAGCUUACAUGUGACCAACAGGAAUGAAAAUAAUUACGACGGUGGAAAAGAAGACUUGUGGCAAUUUUUCUUGAAGGCGUCACCCUCGUGUUCCGACAUGAUCGUCAAAUGCACUUGGCAAGGAGAGGUCAAAGUGUGUUCCGAACUGUUCACAGAGAUUGAAACCGAUUACGGGAAAUGUUGCACUUUUAACAUGGCCCCACUCUCGGUCCUUUACAGAUUUAACGAAACAUCAAAACCGGAAAAUAAAUGGUGGAAUUGGGACGGAGAAAGUCUUUUAAAGAAACCGAAAAUGUAUGAAUUCGUAAAACCAGACGAUACUAGUGAACCACUUGAAAAAGAGGAGGACGACGCCAAAAAGGAAAGUGAUUACAAGGAAGAAACCCCAAGAAAGCAAAAAGUACCUGGAAAAUCGUUCGGAUUGUCGAUCCUCUUAAACCCCGAUUUAGACGAGUAUUUUUGUACUACAUCGGAUUCUGUCGGAUUUAGACUCGUAACACACUUGCCAAUUGAUGUCCCACACAUUAGCGAUCUUGGAAGCGCGAUAAAACCAAAUUCUGAGGUUUUCAUUAACAUCCGACCGGAAAUUACGAUCGGAGUAAAAGACGAGAUUAAAUCAUUUUCAUUGGAACAUCGCCAAUGCUACUUUAACGAAGAGCAUAAACUUGGAUAUUACAAUUACUACAGUUCCAGCAACUGCAUAGAUGAAUGCAUCGCCAAUUUAACGUAUCAAGAGUGCAACUGUAGAAGGCAUUAUCAGCCCGGCGAUGACCAAAAACCUCUCUGUGGACCCAAGCAAUUUCAAUGCGCUUCAAAUAUUAAGAAAAAAUUCGUGGAAAACUAUAAAACCCAGUGCAAGAUGUGUAUCCCUACCUGUUCGGAAAUUGUAUAUGCAAUCCAAUCCACUUACACGACCAUGCAGUCGUCAGAAAUUCUUUGGACCGAUUCGAAAAAUCAGUUAGCUGCUUGGGCUGAGAAAAAUGUGUCUAUCGUGCACAUUUAUUUUGGCGAAGGAUCCACUAAUGCAAAACUACGAAAAGAACUGUACGGUAUGGUGGACCUGAUCGCGAAUUUUGGCGGACUGAUGAGUUUAAGUCUCGGCUUUAGCGGGCUCAGCCUCGUCGAAGUCCUCUACUUUCUGACCUUGCGCCUCUGGUUCCGAGCACGAAGACGGCGACGACAACAACGCCGUCAAAACACCGGGAUGGCUCGCUCCGACACGACGACGGAACUUUUGACAAAUGAAAUUUCCUGCCUGCCGGCAUACAAAUCUCCAAAUAUUGGAUUUAAAAAAAUCGUGGAGUGCAAAAAUCAAAGAAAAACGCAAGGAUUGGAUCAGAUUUUGUACACCGUGGCAUUUUCCAAUCAUCAAAACUAACCAAUUUUUAACAGCGGCCGCGGAAGCAGUGGGGACAUCUGGGGACAUUAACAUUGUAGGAUAUGGGGAGGGAGGGGUUUAUAUAACAUGGGCAGAUGAUGAACAACCGUGGGGACAUUGUCCCUCUGUCCGCCCCCACGCUUCCGCGGCCAAUGUUCCAAAAAAGUGUAAUUGGAACAAUUUUAUGACGCGAUGAGACGAAUACUUAAUUAGUUUAUGGCUUUGGCUACUCCGUUGUACGUAUGUCUGCACUUAAUAAAACUAUUAAUAAAACUAUUUACGUAACGUAACGUCAAUUAAGUAAGCUACCUAUUAAAUUAUAGCUUGGCAAUUACAGCGGUUAUGCAACUUUCCACUCGAUCUGAUAUCUCGGUGCAUUGUUUAUUAUUAUCCCGGCAGAAAUAUAAUUGUAUACAAUCAACAGUUUACUAAAUAUUGCGUGGUGGUAGUAAAUUGGCUAUUUUUACAGUUCGGACUGUAAAUUAUUAAUUAGUCUCGUCUGGCUUAUCGGGUAUUUCCAAUGGCUCUAAAAAAUCGACGUGCUUAUUCCUGUCGUAAAAAUAAAUAGAUUUUAAAUGGA